AUGGAGGAAAUUGUUGCGCCCCUUGGCGCAAUUAUCUUCGAUCUGGAACGCGACCUUGAUGAACAAAUUGGCGCAUUGCCACUGCCAUUUUCAGGCAUGGACAAGUCGGGCGCCGCCGUUUGUGUGUUUCACCUACGGGGAACCUGUACCAAAUCUUCAAUGUGUCCCUACAGACACGUCAAGCCCGAUAGAACAAUUGUCUGCAAACACUGGCUCAGAGGACUCUGCAAAAAGGGUGAUUCUUGCGAGUUUCUUCACGAGUUUGACAUGUCAAAGAUGCCUGAGUGUUAUUUUUACUCAAAGUUUCGAGCAUGUUCAAACAAAGAGUGUCCUUUCCUUCACAUUGAUCCCGAGUCAAAAGUUAAAGACUGUCCAUGGUACGACAGGGGCUUUUGUCGACACGGCCCUACUUGCCGUCAUCGACACGCACGAAGAGUCGCCUGUUUGAGUUACCUUUGCGGUUUCUGCCCAGACGGUCCGUCUUGUAAGUUUGUGCAUAUGCGAUUUGAUAUACCCAGCUUGACGGAUCAGCCGGAUACCAAACGAAGAGGCGUCAUUUGUCACCACUGCAACGAGCCUGGCCAUAAGAUCUACGUGUGUCCUUCUAUUCCACCUGACCAGCGAGAUGAUGUUAUUGCCAAGUUUGCCGCGGAACAGCGCAAAGAUGCUGGCCGUUCAGAGGGUGGCACUGUUGGUGGUGGUGGUGGCGGUGGCAAGUUCCAUCGUCCCCUGGACCAGGUGACUUGUUUCAAGUGUGGCGAAAGAGGUCAUUACGCCAAUCGUUGUCCCAAGGGUCACCUUGCUUUUCUUAGUCCCGCCUUAAGUAAUUUACCUUUCAACAACAACAGCAACAACAACAAACGGCACAAACCCAACUCAAAUAUGGAGCCGUAA